AAUGCAACAACACAAAGCCGAUACUGAAGGAGAAACUUCAUUGAUACAUCUAAUGUCACCGUAGCCUAACUGUAGCGAAACAGUAAUGAUUCCGCAUUUUUGUACAUUUUUACCUACUUGACUAGCCUGUCAGAUCUCUUUCACUUCCACUCUUGUCAUACUUCCUAGUUCCUAUGUUAUUGCUAAAUCCGAUAAGAAGCGUGUAGCCUAGCUAAACAGUAUUUUUCAACCAAAAAAAAACAAACAUGAAGGACGGUGUCGGUGACCAAACACCUGUAGCGCGUAAAGAGGCUUUCGACGAUUACCUAAAUUACUAUGAUCAGAUUUGGAGUAAUGGUAACCUGAAACUAUGCCAAGAGAAACUGGUUACUGAGGGAGCUAGACGAUUUUUGCUGUUAGAGACAGACCCCGGAGAAAGAUUUUCUAAUUUUGACUUCUACCUUACUGCAUCCGAAUGCCUAAAACAAGGAUUUAAAGAUUGUAGGACAUUCUUCAGUGCGCUCAUCAAAGCCACAGAGGUGUUGGAGAUUUUCUGUGUAAAUCUGUUUCUUUACCCAUGGAAGAAGGAAAUCAAGAUGCUCAAGGUAAAGAUAUAAAUAGUAUGGUAUUCAUAGUUCGACAAAUUAGGCCUAGGCUGCUUUUAUCUUGCGCAAUGCACCCAAGCAAGUGGGGUGAAGAGAAGUUGUAUAGACUUAGGCUAGGAUAGCCUAAUGCACAUGUUCAAAUUAGUAUUAUCAGAGUAAGAAAUAAAUAGAGGGAUAAUAUAUGACUAUGGUUUUACAUUGAAUCGCCAUCUCUAAUCACAGGCCACAUAUUUAAAGGUGCAGCUGUCACAUAUCAGGAAGUGAAAGUAAACUGUAUGAGGCUAUAUUAUUUGCUGGGCUUGUGAAAUGUCAAAAAGUUAAGCAUGAUUUGAAACUUGAGAGGAUUAAAGUACAGAUGUUCUCUAUACUGUAGUGAUCACGUUCUUAAGUUUAAUUAAGUUGUCAUAAUUUAACACUCUUAUCUCCCACUCAGACUUUCACUGGCCCCUUUGUCUACUGCAUCCAGCCUGUCCUGACAAAGAGUGCCACGAAAAGUAUCCUUGAAACAAUAGGAUAUCAUCUGGAGACUGACACAGAGUACCGACUCACAAACAAUGCAGACCCUGAAACAGCCAUGAAAAUGGGUUUUGAGCUUUUCCUGGCCCGAACAGAGUGUGAGUACCUGUUGGAGCUCAUGGGUCAGCGGUCACAGCCUGAGUGUCUGGAGAUUCUACAGAGGAGAGCUGCACAACUACCUCACACCCAGAGGGCUGCCGAAGAGACAGCAAAGGACUCUGAAACAGAGCCCUUACCAAUGCAAAAAGAAGAGGAGGAGAAUGAGGAUAAGGGUCUAUCUAAUGGUUGUUCCCUGGUAGACCCAGGACCAGUGGAGACCGAUGAGGGGGACUUAACCGAGGAGAACCCUUUCACCGCUAGCACACCAGGCAGGCAACAGGAUGAUGGAGAGAUACCCCUCAACCUGGAAGUUCAGUCCAUUGAGAUGACACACUCUCCAGGAAUCAGACCUCCCAGGGCAUUCUUGAACGAUGACAGGUCUAUCCUGGAGAUGCAGCAGAAUUACCCAGACCUUGCCAUAAGGCAGAAACCAAUAUUCAGUAAGCCACUGGGUGGACCUCCUGUAGCGCGGGGGCGACUUAUCAAAGGGAACACACCUGAGGAAGGUAGCAGUGCAGCCAACUUAGCCGGCAGUGAUAUAAGUGGUCCCCAGUCCAUCUCCAUUCACACCACAGCAGCACCAAAAUCCCAUCUCACAGAAGCAGUCCCAAAACUCCAGCCUCCAGAAGGUAAGGCCUACAAGACUAGUGCCACGCUCCAUGGAUCAACUCCUCCACAGGCAGAAGUGACCAGAGAGGGUCAGGAGGCCGAUGAUGCAGACGAGCUGAGCAAGCUGACUGAGACGAUGGGCCAACUGCAUGUCCAUGAGCACAAGGUGGAGGAGCACCUGAAGUACCCUGUAGAAGAGACAGCACCGCCACAUGCCAGUUGCCAUGACGUGUUCCCUCACCAGGGUUCUGCAGGGGACCAGAGCCAGCCCCUAAUGUGCCAUCCUUCUCUGGUGCCGGUCUGUAACAUCCCAGGCUGUAACAGCUGUGAAGGAGCAGACGGUCCCCAUAAACAAAUUCCUGGUAAGGAUACCAUCAAAGAGCCACCUCACUCCAUCUAUGUCCCAACCAGCCUCCUUGACCCCCCAGUGCUGGACCCUACUGCUCCUGACCACCCCCCCUCCGCAGGCCCUCAGCACCAGGACAUGGAGGGGCCCCAUCCCUCAGCCCACAGAGGACGAGCUGACUCGGACCUUUGUCUUGAUUGACAUGUCUGUUCAGGUCUAAAACAUCACUUGCCACUAAGUUGUUUUGGUCUGGGGCUCAUAAUAACGUCUGGAACGGAGCAAAUGGAAUG